AUCUCCAAAGACACAUACACAGACUUAUGCCCUUAAUAAACUCCUCGUAGGAAAAAAAGCGCGUAAUAGCUGUGUUUUGGUCCCGCAACAAAGAUAAACAGGAAAAUUUUUGAAAAUGGUCUUCAAGCCGAAGACGAAUAUUUGUAAUUUAUUGUGUGCAAAGCAGCAGGGAUUUUGUGUGACAAAAAAGCUGAAAGAAUUGGCAUUUUCAAAAGCAGAAAGACUUUUCCUUGACAAAGCUAUCGAAUCGGAAGAAUGUCAAUUAAAACAAAUCACAUCACUGCCGGAAAACUUGCGAUCAACCUUUUCCAUUGAAUUCUCGGCUGACGGGAAAUAUUUUGCAACAUGUCACAGCUCUCGUAUCCUGUACGUACUGAAUGCCUUUACGCUGGUCGUCAAGUGGAAAAUUAUCACAGAUCGCACAGUUUGGUGCAUGAAUUUCCAUCCGCACACAGAUGCCGGCAUCUUGGCUGUGGGAACAGUCAAAUCCAAAGUUUACAUCUACAAAGACGGCGUUUUGCAUCGAAAGUAUGUCGAGUUGGCUAACAAUGACGACGACAAUCUCACACCGAUUGCAUCAAUUCAAUUCGAGCCAGAAUCGUUUUUUCUCAUUUUCAGUAAUCGACAUCAGAUUUAUUUUUACGAUUGGGAAAAUGACGUGAUAUUGAAAGUAAUUUCUGCAGUUCCUGACACCGUUGUGCGAUUCAUCAAAUUUAUCCCGGGCAACUCGAGUCAUUUGUUGACGACAACCACAAAGACGAUAAUUCGAGAAAAAUUGCAUGUUACAGCUCUUGCCGCUUACACGACGGGAGAUUCAUGGAAAUUAUUGGAAGUUUUCAUGAUAAUCGUGAAUUUUGUGCUUGAAACGAUGGAACAGUAUAAAGGAGGUAACAAUCGAUGUUGGUCCUACUCCAUCGGGAUACAAUAUUUCAUAAGGCUCUUCUACUAUGUGACGGAUUUUAUGGAAAAAAUCGAUGGUUUAACGGAUGACGAAGGAAUCAGCGACUUGAAAUUCACUUUAAAGUGCCUCCAACGACGAAUCGAUGUGAUAAACCAAAAUUUUGGCACUCUAGAAUAUCAAAAUUUCACCCCAACCAAAGACAAAUGCGGCAGAUUUUUCGCCGAAUUGCAUGAUGCCAGCAAUGUGAUAGUCGAAAUCGAAAAAAUGUGCAAAGUUUUUGAGCAUUUAACGACAAAGACCAUGUCUCUCGAUGAUCUCUACGUGGAAUACGAGAAAGCGCUGUGGAAAGAUGGCGCAAAUAUGCCGCGAUGGCCAAAACUUUAUCACUACGUGCAAUAUUGGAACAUUGAAAAGGAUUUGAAUCUCAAGCAGUUUCACAGUAACUUGAUAACCGUCAGCGGAGACACCACAAUUGCCGUUGUGAAUGAUUUUUUCGUCAGUUUUAAUCCGUUGUUGCAAGUUAUUGAAGUCAUCAGUACACAAAAAGAGACAUUUGGACAACGAUUGCACGUUUUGCAGCACUUUCCGAAUUUUUAUUAUUUUCUUUCUGUGUCGCCGACGAGGAAAAUUUUAUUUAUUGGCUUCAAAAAAGGCCUGCCCGGAUACAAUUUCGAGACAUACGGGAUUUUUUAUGAACUUGACAAGCCGUUUAGCGAACAACGAGUUAAGUCGUUAAAAACGGACAAAAAUUGGGAUAUCAAUUGUCUGCAAUUUGCCCCGAAUCCAAUUACAGGACUCAUUUUUGGAUACAAUGGACCACUAAUGUUUAGAUUGGCACAGUCGUAAUAAAUAUUCUAAGUUAAAAGAAUAAUUUAAGGAAUAAAAAAAAUAUUAAAUUUUCUUGAUAUUCUGUUGAUGGGCUCAUUGGAAGCAAAUUGGCGGCAAAUCGGUCUUUUCAUUAAGU